AUGGAGGGCAAGAUGGCAUCCAAAUUAGCUUUCUUGUUAGCUACAAGGGAAUGCGACGGCGAUGCAAGCAUGUCUAGUUGCGAAAAGCCCACCAGCAAAGUCCUCACUAUCGGUAUACCAGCCGCAAUAACGGGCGUGAUUGUGGCUGUCGCCAUCAUUGUUUGUGGCACCAUUUACUACAGACGCCACAAAAGAGAUCAGCUUGCAGAUCUCGAGGAUGUUUCACCGGCCCAGAGGCUCUAUGCCUACGAUAAUUCGACCAGAAUAAACCGGCGACCAGGGCAUGCGCCAACUAAUGAUGGCCCAGGUGGAUACAAUGGACCGCUAAAUAUGCCAAAUCACACGUCACGAUCAAGAUAUAACUCCGAAUCACCGUUUUCAGACUUAUACGAAUCUCGAAACGAGCACGCCUUGUCGACCUUUGAAUAUUCUGGAGGGACACCUCACCAGCGUGAAGAUGGAACACGUAUCUUGGUUGGUGGGAAAAUUGCCCGAGGUUAUCCUUAG